CACGGGGUCACCGUGAGCCGAGCGGGGUUGUGCAGGCGCCGUCCCUCGGGGAGCCGCGAGGCGCUGCCCGGAUGCUGGGGUUGGUGAUUCACAGGGGACAGGAAACCAGCAGCUGCUCCGAGCCCGGGAGGAACCGGCUCCAGCCCCGGCAGCUGCGCCCCAGAGGUGCUGGAGGAGAUGGGACACAGCGGGGAGAGCGGCUGAGGCUGUGGGCUGGAUUUGGCUGGGCCAUGGUGCAGCCGGAGCUGUGGGCGGCUGCGGCGCUGAUGCUGCUCGGGGCGGCCCUCAGCCUCUGCCUCAAGUGCCAGCGCUCCGCUACCAAACGGGAGACACAGCUCCAUGAGCAGAGGAGCCAGCUCGAAAGCCAGCAGAGAUUUGAGGUGAUUCGAUCCCAUACCACUGCAACCCGAAGGCUGGAAAAAAUUAAGGAACCUGAAAACUUCUCAAUAGCAAGGAAAGCCACCGAAGAGCUCAGUGCUUCCUGUCACACUGGAUAUGGGAGCAGGGAUGAGUCCAGGUACCAGAAUUUCCUUGCAGAGAACUGCCUGCAAGAAGAUGCUGCCUAUGUGGAGCCCAUAUCUCUGGAUUACUACUACAACUGCACCAGGUUCUUCGCCCCACCCCGUGGUAGCUGCCCAGGCAAGCAAGAGAAAGAUGAGGAUUCCUAUUCCUAUGAAAAUGUCACCAUUGGAGCGUCUCGGGGCUCCGAUCCAGAUGACACUGUAGACUAUGAGAACAGCAUGGCGAUACACACAUGGAAACUCCAGCAAGGGCAAGCCCCGCUGACAGAGAGCCCGGAUGAUGAGCCAGACUACAUCAACGCGGGUCCUGUGUCAGGCCCUGCCCUGCUAUCAGAGCAAAGUAUUCUGCAUGAAGUCUGAAGAAAUCUUUUGCUGAGCUGUAAGAGUGCACCCAGCGAACGUGCACAGGGAGAGGGGAGAUUUCCAUGCCUCAGUGAAAUCUCUUCUCCAAACUGUGCCUGCAAUGAUGUAGAAGGAUGUUACUGAAAGGACGAAAUGCGCUGCUUGAAGCCCCACAGAAGUCCAGCUGCAAACCGCUGCCCCCAGCGACCAUGGGCAAGCCCCAGGCUCCUCAUCCCAUCUCAUUUCCCUGCAUGUCCACUCGGGGGAAGAUGGCCAGGCUGGGCAAUGUUUUCUGCUGUCAGGCAUGAAAUGAAUCCUUAACUUGCUGAGCAGUAAUGCAGCCGGCUACCUAAUUUGUCAGGGUGACUCAUGCACGAUGGUAUUAAGCCAUAGGGAUUAUGUUUGGAUUUAGUUCCUGUGCUCUCCUACAGAAGCAGUUUCCUACACAAGAGGAACUGACAAGACAGAGGUUGUGUUUAUAACAGCAGUGGUUGUCUGGAGCUGAAUGAGAUUCCAACCUGUUCACAAAAGCUAAAGAGGAUUAAAUGCCUGCCUUAUCCAUGGCUUGUAAUUCACAGUGUUGGUCUAUAGCAGUUUUCCUCAUGUUUCAGUAUCAGUUUCAUAAUGAUACAAAGCACCAGCAACAACUGUGAGGGUCAGAUCCACAGCCACCAGCCUCAGAAACUGUACCAGUCCCUCAAUAUGGCUGUAGGAACAUCAUCCCAGAAAGAGAAUCUCUAUCUCCUGAGCCCUGAUGCACAGAUCUGGCACUUCUGGAACACUUAUUUAUUAAAACUGAAAGCAUCCAAAGAAAA